AUGUCUGCCUUGUUGGAAAAAUUCAGGAGUCUUUCGCUUUCCAGCGAACUAAACAAUGAACAGCUUGCCCUGGCCACUCAAUGGGAAACGGUGGUGAAAUCCGGACAAAUCCAAGGCCACAUUGAUGAAUUGAAUUUGCGUUUGAGAGAUCACUCUUUUGUUUUGGCAACUGUCACUCCAACAGAGACAGAUGCUGAAGUGUUUGAAUCAGUAUUCCCUAUUAUCAAGGAGCUUUUGGCUUCUUCCAAGGACGUCAAGGGCCACUACGCUCAAUACAGACACAUCAUCAGAUGGUGUGCUUACUUGCAGGAAUUGCUGGAUGUGCCGGAAAACAUCAAACUCUCGUUGAACUUUGACCUCGAAUUACCACGUGAAAUAAUCGAGAAGAAGAAGAAGGACGACUCUAAGAAGCAAGACGACGCCGGUGCUAAAAAGACUGCUGACUCUGCUAAAGCGGAAUCCAAGGACAAAGAGCAACAAGCUCCAAGGGGAAAGCCUGAUGAAGAAACUUUGAAAAAAUUGAGAGAGGAAGCCAAGGCAAAGAAAGCUGCUAAAAAAGCUGCCAAUGCUCAACAAGGUCAACAACAAGAUCAACAACCGCAGAAGCCAAGACCUUCGGCCAUCGACUUCCGUAUCGGUUUCAUCCAGAAAUGUGUCAAACAUCCAGACGCCGAUUCCUUAUAUGUUUCAACCAUUGACGUCGGCGACGAAGAAGGCCCAAGAACAGUAUGCUCUGGUUUGGUCAAGUACUUUCCUCUCGAAGCCAUGCAAGAACGCUACGUGGUUGCCGUGUGCAACUUGAAACCAGUUAAUAUGAGAGGUGUGAAGUCAACCGCCAUGGUGUUGUGCGGUUCUGACGAAAACAAUGUUGAAUUUGUUCAACCUCCAGCGGGUUCCAAGCCAGGUGAGAAGGUGUUUUUCGAAGGGUUCGGUGACGAGGAGCCUGCCAAACAAUUGAACCCUAAAAAGAAGGUCUGGGAACAAUUGCAGCCUAACUUCUCCACCAACGAAAGUCUAGAGGUUUUCUUCAAGGAUGAGGAAGACAACAAGCCCAAGAAGUUGACCAACGCUAGGGGCGAUUCUUUCAAAGUUGCCACUAUUACUAACGCUAAUGUCCGCUAA